UGACAGUUCGUUAGAAAUACCGAAAGUCGAAAGAUAUAAAAUUUAACAUGGAAGUAAAACAAGAAAUUAGUGAAGAAAAGUGUAAAAUAGAAAUAGAAUAUAAUAACUUGGAUGUGGAUGAUGCUCUUUUGGGUGGCUUUCAAUAUGAAAUGAAGGAGGAAUCAAAUAGUCAAAGUUCACAUGACACAUACGAUUAUUUAGAUGUAAAGGAAUGUCCAAUAAAAACUGAAAUGAAGCAAUAUGAAGAAAAUAAAAAAAGUGAAGAAGGUUAUCCCCAAGAGAACAAAUUGGAAAUUAUGGAGACACAUAAACAUUCAUCUUAUGAAGGAAAUUAUACGAGUCGACACGAUGAAGGAAAACCAUUAAAUCAAAAUAUGGAACUUGCAACGGGACAAAGACCUUUUAAGUGCGAAGUUUGUUUUAAACAGUUUAGCCGAGCAAAUAAUUUGAAAGCACAUUCAAGAGUACACACUGGAGAAAAGCCUUACCAGUGCGAGAUUUGUUUUAAGCAAUUUCGUCAAGCAGUUCAAUUGAAAGGACAUUUGAGAGUGCACACUGGAGAUAAACCGUACAAGUGUGAAAUUUGUUUUAAGCAAUUUAGUCGGGCAAGUGAUUUGAAAAUACAUUUGAGUGUACACAUUGGAGAAAAACCAUACAAGUGCGAGGUUUGUUUUAAGCAAUUUAGUACAGCAGGCAGUUUGAAGAAACAUUUGGGAUUACACACUGAAGAAAAACCUUACAAGUGCGACAUUUGUUUUAAGCAAUUUCGUCAAUCAUAUGAUUUGAAAGGACAUUUGAGAGUGCACACUGGGGAAAAACCUUAUAAGUGUGAAAUUUGUUUUAAGCAAUUUAGUCAAGCAGGUCAUUUGAAAAGACAUUUGAGAGUUCAUACUGGGGACAAACUUCAUAAGUGUGAAAUUUGUUUUAAGCAAUUUUGUCAAGCAGGUCAAUUGAAAGGACAUUUGAGAGUGCACACUGGAGAAAAACCUUACAAGUGUGAGAUUUGUUUUAAGCAAUUUAGUCACAAAAAUGUUUUGAAACAACAUUUGAGAGUACACACUGGAGAAAAACCUUACAAGUGCGAGGUUUGUUUUAAGCAAUUUAGUACAGCAGGCAAUUUGAAGAAACAUUUGGGAGUACACAUUGGAAAAACCCCUAAAAAAGUGCUAAACAAGUGCAAGAUUUGUUUUAAGCAAUUUAGUAAAAAAGAUUAUUUUAAAAUACAUUCAAGAGUUCACACAGGAGAAAAACCUAAUACGUGCGAGAUCUGUUUUAAGGAAUUUAGUACAGCAGGCAGUUUGAAGAAACAUUUGGGAGUACACACUGAAGAAAAACCUUACAAGUGCGACAUUUGUUUUAAGCAAUUUCGUCAAUCAGAUGAUUUGAAAGGACAUUUGAGAGUGCACACUGGGGAAAAACCUUAUAAGUGUGAAAUUUGUUUUAAGCAAUUUCGUCAAGCAGGUCAUUUGAAAAAACAUUUGAGAGUGCAUACUGGGGACAAACCUCAUAAGUGUGAAAUUUGUUUUAAGCGUUUUAGUGAUGCAAGUAAUUUGAAAGGACAUUUGAGAGUCCACACUGGAGAAAAACCAUACAAGUGUGAAAUUUGUUUUAAGCAAUUUAGUCACAAAACUGUUUUGAAACAACAUUUGAGAGUACACACUGGAGAAGAACCGUACAAGUGCGAGGUUUGUUUUAAGCAAUUUAGUACAGCAGGCAGUUUGAAGAAACAUUUAGGAGUACACACUUAAAAAACCCCUAAUAAGUAUGCGAGAUUUGUUUUAAGCAAUUUAGUAAAGCAGAUUAUUUGAAAAUACAUUUAAUAGUGCACAGAGGAGAAAAAGCUAAUACGUGCGAGAUCUGUUUUAAGGAAUUUAGUACAGCAGGCAGUUUGAAGAAACAUUUGGGAGUACACACUGAAGAAAAACCUUACAAGUGCGACAUUUGUUUUAAGCAAUUUCGUCAAUCAGAUGAUUUGAAAGGACAUUUGAGAGUGAACA